AAUUUCGGAGGUCUACAAGUGAACUGAAAUUACAAAGAAAAUAUUAUUGUGUUCCGCUUGAAUUUUAUUAUACAAGGAUAGCAGAAAGCCUGUUCAACAGGCGGCAUACGUGGGACGGAGAUAUUCCCCGAUUCAAUGAGCUCUUUCGGAGCACGAUAGGUUUUUAUUCCAACCGCAACGAAACGGAUGUGUGACAUUAAGGAUCAUCCGACCGGCAUUCGACGAAGUCGCAGUGUCCCCCAGCGACCGCCAUUACACGCUGGGCUUUUUGAUUUGUGACCCGACCGCAAUAUACUGUGAGGUAGUUGCUGGAAGAAACGGUGGCAUACCGACGAUAAAUCGGGCUUCAUCUGUAUCCAGCCUGUAUCAGCGCACACAGCAUAGCACGCAGCCAGUCAGCAACGUCCGGUAAAACCCUGCGCACAGAUCCAGGAUAAAAUGAUAUUACGGACGUGCAUUCUAAUCUGUUUAGCCACCCAUUGGGUCCAUGCCCAACAAACCGUCGGCAAACAGCUGAAAUGGGUGACGCAGUGGAAGUCACUGGACUUUGUUUUUCCCACGCCGAAAGAUCGUGAAGAUGCGCUCGCUUCCGGACGAUUCGUUCCGGAGAAUUGCAUUCCCCUGGACAUGGACGUCGACUAUAACAGCAAUCCUCUUCGCUCGCGAGUAUUCGUCUCGGUGCCACGAUUUAUCGAAGGUAUACCGGCUACCCUGGGGGUGAUAUCUUCACAGGUUGGACCUUCAGGACCACUUGUGGAACCCUACCCUAACGCUGCUAUUCAGUCCAAUCCGGAGGAUAGCCGCUGUAACGGGAUUGUAUCAGUGUUCAGAACAAUGAUCGAUGAGUGCAAUCGGCUUUGGAUCGUAGACACCGGCAAGAUCGGAGAUCGUAGAAUCUGUUUGCCAAAGAUCGUCGCGUUUGACCUGCGGACCGACACGAUCAUCCAUCAAUAUCAAAUACCGGCCAGUCAGUUAAUGUGUGAUAUUUCACUCCUCGUCAGUAUACUUGUAGACGUACGUGACCCCCCACCGCGAGGUUCCUGCUCGAACACGAUGGCCUACGUGGCGGACGUGACCGGAGCCGGGUUGAUUGUGUACGAUAUGGCGCGCGGCAAAUCGUGGCGUGUCACAAACAAACUGAUGCACCCAAACCCGGACUACGGCACGUUCACGAUCGCUGACGAGAGUUUCGAUCUGAUGGACGGAAUGCUUAGUAUGGCGCUCAGCCCAAAGACUCGCAGCGACCACAAUUCUCCGGACUUUGUGUUCAACUCCGCGUACGGGGUUUCCCAGCCGUCGCGGCCAGCGAUUCUGAACGAUCGGCUUCUGUUCUUCCACGCGCUCGCUUCGGCUGCGGAAAAUGCCGUCCGUACUUCCGUACUACACAACGACACCAUGUGGGAAGAGGAUGUUGGUGCGGUGCCACGCGAGUUCCGGGUGAUUGGAAGGCGAACCUCGCAAAGCGCUCCCGAAGCGAUGGAUAGCAAUGGAAAUUUGUUCUUCGGUUUACUCAACCAGAUGGCGAUAGCGUGCUGGGAUUCGACCACGAACUACAAUCCGCAAAACAUCAAAAUAGUCUCACAGAACUUUGAAACGCUGCAGUUUCCGAGCGGAGUGAAGGUUAUUCGCAAUAGAAAGGGAGUGGAGGAACUGUGGGUGCUAACCUGUCGAUUCCAGAAGAUUAUGACUGGAUCGUUGAAUAUGAACGAAACGAACUUCCGCAUACAGGCGAUACAGAUUCCGGAGCUGUUGAAUGGAUCACGCUCGUGUAAACGAUAGUGGAGCUAAGUCAGUACAUGUGUGUGAUUGGGAUGAUUAGGUCGUAAGUGGUAUGAAUAAGGUGAAUACGAGUCAAAAUAGUUUUUAAGGAUAAUAAUAAACAUUAAUUAUGAUUUUUUUCUUGUGA